AUGUCUUCGCUUCAUCGAACCACGAAGUUGUUGGGAUUGCUGCUGGAGCAAGGCAAAGAGGCGUCGAAAUUCGAUAUCUUUUCGCGACUAGUCUGUGCUAUUUUUGUUAUACGGAGUGUCUACACAGUCUACGAGACAGUAGCUCAUCGCGGUAUAAAAGGAGUUUUGACAAACAUUUUGGAAUCAUGGCGUGGACAGGUAUCUCCGGCAACACGGACACAUCCACGGGUUUCCAAAAGGGGUGAGAAAGACACGGAGGCAAUCUCGAAAGCAAUGGCACAGAAGCUAGGUAUUCAAGCCCCUGAUUCCAAGAGUAAUUUGUCUCUUCCUAAAGAGGGAUGGGAUUUUGAGAAGAUUGAGGCGGAGCUGGAGUAUCUCCGUAACUUGGACCAUACGAGAUGGGAGGAUGGUCGAGUCAGCGGUGCAGUGUACCACGGAGGUAGUGAGCUGCUAGAUAUGCAGACCAAAGCUAUUGGCAAGUUCAGCGUCUCAAAUCCCAUUCACCCAGACGUCUUUCCGGGAGUCAGAAAGAUGGAAGCAGAAGUAGUCGCAAUGAUCUUAAGAGCUUUUAAUGGCCCUGAAGAUGGUGCGGGCGUCACAACAAGUGGUGGUACAGAAUCUAUCAUUAUGGCAUGCCUGGCAGCUCGGGAGAAGGCAGCAGCUGAGCGCAAUAUUACAAGUCCGGAGAUGAUCAUUCCGAGUACCGCUCAUGCGGCGUUCUUCAAGGCGGCCAAGUAUUUCAAAAUUAAGCUAAACCUGGUUUCAUGUCCGGCUCCUGAAUACAAAGCAUCUGUUCCCGAGAUCCGCCGACUCAUAAAUCGAAACACGGUGCUCCUCGUUGCGUCUGCACCGAACUACCCACACGGUAUUGUUGAUGAUAUCCCAAAGAUUUCACGAUUGGCAACUGAACAUGGUAUUCCAAUGCAUGUUGACUGUUGUUUGGGAUCGCUCAUUAUUGCUUUCUUGAAGAAGUCGGGAUUCCCAUCCCCGUACGAAAGCGAGGGGGGCUUCGACUUCCGACAACCCGGGGUCACCAGCAUCAGCGUUGACACCCACAAGUAUGCCUUUGCUCCGAAGGGCAGCUCCGUUUUAUUAUAUCGCAAUCGAUCCUACCGAAACUAUCAAUACUUCCUGUUUCCUGAUUGGUCAGGUGGUGCAUAUGCUUCACCAUCCAUGGCAGGAUCUCGACCUGGUUCCCUGAUCGCAGGAGCCUGGGCCACAUUGAUGAAAAUGGGAGAGGCUGGCUAUAUAGAUAGCUGCCAGCAGAUUGUGGGAGCUGCAAAGAAAUUUGAGACUACACUACUGACAAAUCCGGUCUUGAAGUCUCAUAUUGGGAUUAUUGGACAUCCCUUGGCUAGUGUCGUCGCCUUCACAAGCAAGAACGAUGAAAUUGAGACGUACGAUAUCGCUGAUGCUAUGGACGCUAGAGGGUGGCACUUGAAUGCUUUACAGUCUCCACCUGCCAUUCAUUGUGCAUUUACCAUACCCACAGCUAAAGUCGUUGAUGGCCUCAUAUCCGAUCUGAUUGAGGUUAUCACAGAGAUGGCGUUUCGGAUUGAAGAGCGAAAAGUGAAUGGGGAGCAAAGCAUAAGCCAGAGUGGAAAGAGUGCGGUGCUCUAUGGAGUAGGGGGGAGUAUUGCGGAUAUGAACGCGGUCUCUCAAUUUGCCGAAGGAUUUUUGGAUACCUUGUAUCAAAUUUAG